AUCACACAAUCGUUUCUCCGGAAUAAAAACGUUUUCAAAGCCCGUAGUUCGAGUUGUUGAACGUUCAGAUUCGUGUUUGUUUCGUUGUUUUUGUUGUGUAGUGAAAAUAAUUUGAAAAAAUGAAUAAGAGAAAAUUAGAAGAAGAAAUUUUUCAACAGAACAAAUUUGAAAAGUUGAACAACAUAGCAGAUUCUGAAGACGACGACGACGACGACAGCGUUGACGAAAACAACUAUGAUGUCAUGCAAGAGCAAGAUAUUGAAGGCCAAGAAGAUGGAGUUGUUGGACAAGAUGGUGAGAUACGAAUUACACCUUUCAAUAUGCAGGAAGAACUCGAAGAAGGUCACUUUGAUAAACAAGGAAUGUACCAUUGGAAAAAAGAAAAAGAUGUUCAAGACAAUUGGUUAGAGAAUAUCGAUUGGUGUAAAAUUAAAGAUAUGUCUAAAGAAAAGAAGAAUAAUGAUGAAAAUGCAGAGGACGAUGAGGAAUUUAAUGUAAUUGCUGCCUAUAAAGAAAUAAUAAGUAUGAUGGAACCCAAAGAAACCAUCGCAAAAGCUCUAAGACGUUUAGGUGGCAAUAAAAGACUUUCAACUGCUGAAAGAUGGAAAAUGAAAAAGGCUGGAAUAAGUACUGAAGGCGGAUCAUCUGAAAAAGUCACUAGACUUACAGAGAUUGCUAAUCAGAUUUUAACUACUGAUGGUAAUAUGGAUGUUUAUCAAGAAACUUAUGAACACAUUUCAAAUAUUAUUUCAAAAUCUAAUAAAAAAGAACAGCCUUCAACUUCCAUGGCAUCAGAUUUAGAUAUGUAUGCUGAUGACUUCGAUUUAAAGGAAAAAGAAAAAUUAGAAAACACAAUCCAAAAUUCUGAAGAAGGAGCAGAAGAGCUAGAAGAUACAGGAGAGUCAUUACAGUGGGAAUACAAAUUUUCAUUGGAAAGCAAUGAAGUAUUUGGCCCUUAUAACACUGAGCAAAUGCAGAAAUGGAAAGAAGAAAAUAAAUUUAAUGAACCAAUUUGGGUACGUAAGUGUAAUUCAAACAGUGAAUUUCAUUCAUUUAAACGUGUGGACUUUGAACUAUAUUUAUAAAUUUUUUUUUCUUUUGUGUUUAUUUCAUUCACACUGUAUAAAAUAAGUGUAUUUGAAUACAUAAUAGUAAUAACUGAUUGUUAAUGCUAAUAAAAUUCUUCCGAUUUGUAAUAA